CAAGGCAAACAGACCAGAUCUGGGGCAGACAAGAGGACAGGCGUCUGUGGCCAGUGACCUUGCAUCAUCCUCCCGCCGCCACGGACAUGCCCUGGCCCCUGGGCUUGAUUCUGCUGCUUUUGGGGAUCCACCUCACCCAUGCUGAGCCACUGUACAUCCUGGUGACCCCCCGAGUCCUGCGCAUUGGCAGCCCUGAGACCAUCCAUGUACAGGCUCACUCAGACUCCGAGCAGGCCCUCAUCGGGAUCCUCGAAGUGAACCUCACUGUGUGGGACUUUCCCAUGAAGAAGACAGUGUUGGCUAGGAGCCAGCUCAUUCUCUCAAAAGAAAACUACUUUAUGAACCAGGCAUCUGUGGUGAUUCCCGAAAGCCUGGUAUCCCCCCCACAACCGGGGCGGCAGUACGUCAUCAUUCGGGCAACCUGGACACCGACCUCGACGUCCUCAUUCAUGGAGAAGAUGGUGCUGGUGGCUCCCCACGCAGGCUAUAUCUUCAUCCAGACAGACAAGACCAUCUAUACCCCUGAGCACAUGGUUCAAUACCGGGUGUUCACUGUGAACCACAAGAUGGAUCCUGUGACCAGGACGUUCACUCUGGACAUCAAGAACCCGGAAGGGAUCACUGUGAUCAGCCAGGAUCUGUUGGCCAAGGAAGGUGUCUUCGCCAACUCCUUCCGCCUCCCAGAGCUCAUCAGUCUUGGGACUUGGAGCAUCGAAGCCAGUUACCCUAGUGCAGCCAAGCAGAAGUUCAAGGCAGCCUUUGACGUGAAGGAGUAUGUGCUCCCAUCAUUUGAGGUCCGGCUGAUCCCAAACAAGACUUUCUUCUACCUCAGUGAUGAAGCUCUGGGUGUGGAAAUCCAGGCUUGGUAUGUAUUCAACAAGCCAGUGGAUGGACAUGCCCUGGCCAUCUUCGGGGUGAAGCUGGAUUCCCGCCGGAUACCCAUUCAAAGCUCCCUGCAGAGAGUGGAGAUCUCUACAGGCAAGGGUCACGUUUCCCUUCAGAAGGACACACUGAUGGCUGCAUUCCAAGGCCCAGAAGAAGACUUCAUUGGGGCCUCAGUCUUUGUCAAUGUCACCGUAUUCUCCUCAGGGGGUGAGAUGGUCCAGGCCGAGACCUCGGGAGUGAAGAUCGUCCGGAGUCCAUACAAUAUCAAGUUCAUCAGGACACCCCCGUAUUUCAAGCCGGGGAUGCCCUUCCAUUUUAGGGUCUUUGUCUCAAAUCCUGAUGGGUCCCCAGCCUCCAAAGUCUUCGUCAACUGCCAAGACAACAAAGUGUACACCUCGGACAGUGGGGUGGCCACUCUGACCAUCAACACAGAUGCAAAUCUAGAGCAGCUCCCUAUCCUGGUGAAAACUGAUGCAGCUCUCCAACCAGAGGAGCAGGCCUCAGCCAAGAUGACGGCUUGGCCUUACUCAACUCAGAAUGGGUCAGGGAACUUCCUGCACAUUGAGAUGAAGACAUUAGGCACAGAAGUUGGCAGCAACAUUCAACUGAGCCUCAACACAAAGCAUCAGAACCCUGAAACCAAGGAUAAGAUCACUCAUUUCACCAUCCUGGUCCUGAGUAAGGGUCAGAUCGUGCGUGCCAAACAUCAGUUAAAAAGUCAAGGAGGUGUCUACACGUCUACCAUUAUUGAUGUGACUUCAGAGAUGCUGCCCUCUUUCCGCAUCCUGGCCUUUUAUUUACUGCCCAGGGGAACAGGCCAGGACCCUGAACUGGUGGCCGAUUCCAUAUGGAUCGAUGUGAAUGACAAAUGCAUGGGGACGCUGGAGGUUGGCUUAAAGAAUGAACUCUUCGGUUCUUUGGAGCCCCACAGCCAGGUGGAACUGAAGGUGACAGGUGAUGCAGAGGCCACGGUGGGGCUGGUGGCUGUGGACAAGGCUGUCUAUGUCUUGAACAGCAAACACAAGCUUACACAGAAGAAGGUCUGGGAUGUGGUGGAGGAGCACGACAUUGGCUGCACAGCAGGCAGUGGGAAAGACAGACUUGCUGUGUUCAAGGAUGCUGGAUUGGAUAUGAAGAUGAGCACAGGGAUGGACACCUUGGCAAGCUCAGACUGGCACUGCCCCCAGAGCCCUUCUCCCAGCCGCCGCCGACGCUCCCUGAAGAGACUGGAGACCAAGAGGAAUGCAGUGAGCAAGUUCAAGACAGAGCUGGAGCGAAAGUGCUGUGAGGCUGGGCUCCGGGAGAACCCAGUGGGGCUGUCGUGUGAGGAGAGGAUCCAGCAUGUCCGCUAUGGGCCAGCUUGUGUGACUGCUUUCCUGAGCUGCUGCCAUCUAUCUGAGGCCCUGACUCGGGAGGCCCGGGAAGAGCAGCUGCUCCUGGGAACAACGGAUGAAGAGGAGGAUUUUGAAGACAUCUUUCUGGAGGACAUGCCUGUUCGGACCUUGUUCCCUGAAAGUUGGCUCUGGAAGAAAUUUACUCUGCCAAAAAGCGAAUCAGGGAGCAUCUCGCACUACAACAUUCCUGCGACCAUGCCAGAUUCCAUGACCACGUGGCAGUUUGUGGCCAUCAGUCUCAAGGCUGGACGAGGACUCUGUGUCUCAGACCCCUUUGAGCUGACAGUUAGGAAAUUGUUUUUUGUGGAUCUUAAGCUGCCCUUCUCCGUGGUCAGGAAUGAGCAAGUCCAGAUCCAAGCCGUGCUGUACAAUUUCGGAAACCGCCCCGCCAAGGUCCGUGUGGAGUUCCCCUACAAGGAGCCACUGUGCAGCGCAUCAAAGCCAGGAGCCCCAUCCCGCCAGGUGGUGGUCGUGCCUCCCACCUCCUCCAAGAUGGUGCCCUUUGUGCUUCUCCCUCUUGAGAUAGGCAAAAUGGACGUGGAGGUCAAGGUCGUGGGCUACGGGGUACAGGAUCACGUGAAGAAGACACUACUGGUCCAGGCAGGGGGGCUGAAAGAACAACUAUUCCGUAGCAUCGUCCUGAACCCCCAAGGUCAGACCCAGGUGGAGCUGUUGCAAAGACAGGACGUUUGGAACAAGGUGCCUGAUACAGAGGCAGAAGUGUUUAUCAGCGUCCAAGGUGACAUUCUUGGUGAGACAAUCCUGGGCAGCCUGACACCCAGAGAAACAUAUGAGCUGCUGAGGCUCCCAACCGGCUGUCCUGAGCAGACACUGAGCAGCCUGACACCCGCGAUCAUCCUGACCCGCUAUUUGGACUCCACGGGCCAGUGGGGCAAAGUGGGGGUGGAGCACAGGGACAAGGUGAUGGAGAACAUUGUCAGCGGAUACACCCGGAUGCUAACCCACCGGAGUGCAGAUGGUACCUACCACAUCCACAAGGGGAAGCCGGGAAGCACCUGGCUCACGAGCUACGUGUUCCGAGUUUUCACUCUGGCUUACUCCACCAUAACCAUCAGAGUGAUCGACCUGCGCUCUCUCUGUGCCAUUGCCCAGUGGAUCAUCGCGGAGAGGCAGGCAGAGGACGGGCAUUUCUUGGAGAAGGGGCCCGUGAUCAUGACGUCCAUGCAGGGUGGCUAUCGAGGCUCCGAGGCAAACAUAUCCCUCACAGCUCUUGUGCUGAUCGCCCUGGAUGAGGGGAAAGAGUUGUGCAGCCAGGAGAUACCGAAUUUGAUGGCCAGCAUGGAGAGAGCUCGUGCCUUCCUGGAGAGACGCCUCCCUGACAUUCAGACAACCUUUGCCAUAGCCAUUGCCUCCUAUGCUCUGGCCCUCACCGACAGUCCCCGAGCCAAUGACCGCCUGGACAGCUUUGCCAGCCAUAACAAAAACUACUGGCUAGUAAACAGAGACAGGAAGUCCCAGUACACCAUUGAGGCCACUGCGUAUGCGCUGAUGCAGAAGCUGAAGCUGGGUCGGUAUAAUGAGACUCACGCCAUCUCCAAGUGGCUGCUGGAGAAGCGGGAGCUGGGAGGAGGCUUCAAGUCCACUCAGGCCACGGUGGUGGCCAUUGAGGCUCUCACCCGCUUCCGCGAAGCUGUCCCCUUUGAGAAUGUCCAGGAUCUCUGCGUCCAGAUCAGUGCCCCCAAGAGAGCCUUGAACGUGGAGUGGCUCAUUAAUCACAACAACGCUUACCAGCAGCGGUCAGCAAAGUUUUAUGCUGAAGAUGACCUAGAGAUCACAGCCAGCGGCCAUGGGAGAGGCACCAUCUCGAUCCUGACCAUGUACCACAGGUCCCUAGAGUCCUGGGAGGACACCUGCAACAUGUAUCACCUCAAUGCUACUCUCCACCGUGCCCUGGAAGAAAAUAAAAAGGGGGAAGAGACCUUCCAGCUCCGGAUGGAAACAAGUUUGUUAAAGCUGUAUGCUGUUGGGGGCAGAAGAGUGUUGGGGAGACCCAGGAGGAGGGUACUGCACUCUUCCAGGUUCCAGGGUCAUCGAGAGGCUACCAUGACCAUCAUAGAGGUUUCCCUGCUCACUGGCUUCUACCCCAACCAAGAUGACCUCAAACAGCUCACCAGCGACGUGGAGAUGUAUGCUUUCCAGUAUGAGACCAAGACGAGCUCCAGUGACAGCACUGUUGUCCUGUACCUGGAGAAGCUUUCCCACAAGGAGGACACGGUGCUGGGCUUCCGGGUCCACAGGAUGCUGCAGGCGGAGUUCCUGCAGGCCGCCCAGGUCACAGUCUAUGACUACUAUGAGCCUUCCCGGAGGUGCAGGUCCUUCUACAACCUGCCCACAGAUCGAUCGGACCUGCGGAAAAUCUGCCACAAAGACAUCUGCAGAUGCGCCGAGGAACUGUGCCCUACCCCGAGGAAGGACAGCAGCCUGCUGAAGCUGGACGAGCUCCAGGCAGCGGCCUGUGAGGUGGGCGUGGACUUUGUGUACAAGGCCAGGCUGGAGGCUGUGGAGGCCUCUGCCUCCAACCCCUAUGUCUACUACAACAUGCGGCUCCAAUCCAUCAUCAAGACUGGCACAGACUCUGUCACGCCGUUCACCAUGAAGAAAUUUGUCUCCCAUGCCACCUGCCACGACUCCCUGGAGCUGCAAGAACAGGAGACAUACCUCAUCAUGGGCCAGGCAUCAGACCUGUGGAGAGUCAAAUCUGAUUACAUCUAUGUCCUGGGCAAGGAGACGUUCCUCAUGCAUUGGCCGGCCGAUGGGGAUGUGGGAAAGAAGGAAUUGCUGGGCCAGCUGGAGGGAUUUUCGGAAUACAUGGGCACCCAUGGCUGCGAGUCCUGAGACUCUGAGGCCUCUGCUGCUCUCAGGGUUCUCUCCAAGCAGGCCCGGGCCACUGGGCUUAACCCCAAAUAAAGAACAUGGGAUGUCAUA